UGGAGCAAUAUUACUAGGAGGAGGAGGAGCAGGAGGAGGGAGAAAAAGAAACGAUAAAGAAAAAAAAAAAGAGAGAGAGAAAGAAAGCGGGAGCAGAUCUACUCCAUCCUCCUAUUCCUGCAGCAGCAGCAGCAACAGCCCGCCGGAUUUUAAAGAGAAGAAAACAGUUCUUAGAGAUCAGGGUUUUGUCUUGAAAAACAUAUUCUUUUAACUUACUACUAGACACCUAUAUGUUGGAAUGUGUAGUAGUGCAUUUUUGUAAAUUAUUAAGAAGCAAAGGAUUCCAAACAGUAAAGCUGAAAGAUGCCAUCUGAAGUGUGCCUCAGUAUUCAAGAUAUGCUGACUGGUCAGAGACUUUGCCAAUCCAGUUCUCACAAUGAUGCUGUCCUGGCAGCUCUGAACCAACAAAGAAAUGAUGGGAUACUCUGUGAUAUAACUCUAAUUGCUGAAGAACAGAAAUUCCCUGCUCACAAGGCUGUACUAGCAGCAUGCAGUGACUAUUUCAGGGCAAUGUUCAGUCUUUGUAUGGUUGAAAGUUGUGCAGAUGAAGUGAAUUUACAUGGCAUCACAGGAAUAGGUUUAAAGCAAGCUCUGGACUUCGCAUACACUGGACAGGUUCUGCUGGAGCCAGGAGUGAUUCAGGAUGUGCUUGCUGCAGGUAGCCAUCUCCAGCUGCUGGAAAUGCUUAGUUUAUGUUCACACUAUCUUAUCCAGGAGUUAAAUAGCUUUAAUUACUUGGACCUCUAUAAACUUGCUGAUCUCUUCAACCUCAAUCUGCUGGAGAAAGCCGUGGUUGAUUUUUUAGUGAAACAUCUCUCAGAACUACUAAAUAAUCACCCUGACGAAGUCCUGGCACUGCCAUAUUGUCUCAUCCAAGAGGUUUUGAAAAGUGAUCAACUCACGUCACUCAGCGAAGAACAAAUCUGGCAGCUAGCUGUGAGAUGGCUGGAACACAACUGCCGAUAUCAGUACAUGGAUGAACUUCUACAGUACGUUCGAUUUGGGCUUAUGGAUGUGGAUACACUGCAUACGGUUGCCCUCUCACACCCUCUUGUCCAGACUAGUGAAACUGCAACAGCACUGGUCAAUGAGGCUUUGGUCUAUCAUCAAAGUAUCUAUGCACAGCCAAUAUGGCAGACCAGAAGGACAAAACCUCGCUUCCAGUCAGAUACUCUUUAUAUCAUUGGUGGAAAAAAACGGGAAAUAUGCAGAGUUAAAGAGCUACGAUACUUCAAUCCUGUGGACCAAGAAAAUGUUCACAUUGCAGGGAUUGCAAACUGGAGUGAGUUGGCUCCCAUGCCAGUAGGAAGGAGCCACCACUGUGUGGCUGUAAUGGGAGAUUUCCUCUUUGUAGCAGGUGGUGAAGUUGAACAAGCGACUGGCCGCACAUGUGCAGUACGGACUGCUUGUAGAUAUGAUCCCCGUAAUAAUUCCUGGGCAGAAAUAGCUCCAAUGAAGAAUUGCAGGGAGCAUUUUGUACUUGGGACUGUGGAUGAAUUUCUCUAUGCUGUGGGAGGCAGAAAUGAGCUACGUCAAGUUUUGCCAACUGUUGAACGAUAUUGUCCUAAGAAGAACAAAUGGACUUUUGUUCUGUCCUUUGAUAGGUCCCUGUCCUGUCAUGCAGGAUCUGUUGUGGAUGGUCUUCUUUGGAUAUCAGGAGGAGUAACAAACACGGCGCAGUAUCAGAACAGGCUAAUGGUGUAUGAUCCAGCCCAAAAUAAAUGGCUCAGUCGCAGCCCCAUGUUGCAGAGGAGAGUCUACCAUUCCAUGGCUGCAGUUCAAAGGAAACUCUAUAUUUUAGGUGGCAAUGAUCUGGAUUACAACAAUGACAGAAUUCUUGUCCGCCACAUAGACUGCUACAGCAUAGAUGCUGACCAGUGGACCCGGUGUAAUUUCAGCAUGUUGACAGGCCAGAAUGAAUCUGGAGUGGCUGUACACAAUGGCAGAAUAUAUUUAGUUGGUGGCUACUCAAUUUGGACAAAUGAACCCUCAGCAUGUAUCCAGGUGCUGGAUGUUAGUAAGGAAGGAAAAGAAGAAGUUUUCUAUGGGCCUUCCCUUCCUUUCGCUUCAAAUGGAAUUGCAGCCUGUUUUCUUCCAGCUCCUUAUGCCACAUGCCCAAACCUGCAGCCUUUGCAAGUGCCUCAUCAUAAGAUGGGCAAUGUGUGAGACAAGGAAGCCAGCCACAAAAGAACAAGCUACUUCAUUCAUCCUGAUUGUGUCUUUCCAUCAACAAAAUUGAAUGGUUGUGGAAUCUAACCUUGUAUUAAGUGCAGUAGAAGCCAAAAAGCAACAAAAAGUGGCAGAAUUACACCGGUCUCUGGUCUUCAAGUGGCUUUGACCAUGUUUGCCUAUUAAGAAUCUUUCUCCAAGUAUUCUGAAAAACAUUUUUUUGCACUUUAAUCCCUUGCUCCCGUUUUUGUCAUUUUCACUGCCUUGCAAAAAAGCACACAAAGUAAAUUUUAAAGAAUUCUACCUUUCAAAAUGUGGGCUAAUAAGCUACAAGGAGCUUGGACUGUUGAAUUCUUGAAGGCUUUUUCUUGGAGUUUUGUCCUUGGAAUUAGAAAUGUUGAAAAUAUAUACUGUUGUGUCAACAACUUACUUGCAAAGGUGCUUGUAAUCUACUGGCUAUUUCUCAUACUUGCCUCACAGAUCAUUCAGGGGCUAAAAACUGAACAGUCAUAUAGAUAUAGUUUACCUAUAGAAAAGGCAGACAUGUGGCACUAUAAAGAAGUCUUAUAAAGCAGGUGUGAAUACGACCUGCUACUUUGACCUUGUAUGUUAUCUUGCAUUGUUGUCUCCAAAGUGAUGUCUGGAAACCAUAAUUUUUUAACAUGUUGGCGAAAAAGUUCAAUUUUACCAUUUUUAGUUGCAAUAGCUAAUACCUAAACAACACCCUGAUUUUUCAAAAUUAAAAGGCUUGUUUAAGAAACAAUACUAUCAAAUUUAUCAGAGUAAAUUUUAAACGAGUAAAAAACUUUAGGGGAUGUACAAAGAUGUUGAAUUUAAAUUGAUGUAAAUGUGAGAGGAUCUGCUUCAAGUUUGAAAUGAGCUAGAUCAACCAAUCCUGGAAGCUAUUUGAGCACAGAGGCUUUUAGGGUGAUUAAAAAAAAAUGUUCAUUUCAAAUUUGGAGGAAAAAAAUUGAACUUAAAACAGAGAAUUUCAAUUUUAUUUGAAGUUUCGCAUAUCACUGUAAAGCUUAUUACAGCAUGUUCCAUCUUUUCUCCAAAAAGAUUCAAAAUACAUCUGGCGGGACAAUUAUGAUUUGAUCUUUUCCAGCUUUUGAUGCUAUUUUGUGUAGUUACUAGAGAUUUGUGAUCCAGUUCUUAAGGUUUUCAUAACCAAAAAUACUUUCCUUACUCAGUUACAUAUUAUUUGGGUUUCUGUAAUUUGAUGUAUCAUUACAGCCAAAAAACAAGCUAUGACCAAACAAGUGUACCAAGAAAUGCAAUGAAAACAAAAUGCCCUGUGCUUUCUGACUAUGAAGAAAUCCAACUUAAUUUACAAAUUUGCAGCUGGCAAUCUUCCAAAUUGCUAAUCAUAUGCAACUUUGGUAACCUGUACCUGAAAAUGUAGAAUUAUCACCGUUAAGAUUUUUUCAAAACCAAUAAUUUGAUAUAACACAAAGGCGUAUGUAAAAUCUCAUGCCCAUAGGUGCUGUCCGUGUCUCAAGGAAACCAAAUGUCAUAAUGAGCAAUUAAUGAUUUAAGCAUAAAUAAAACACAGGAACUAAAUUGGUGAAUUUAUGGAGAUUGGGGGGUGGGAAAUGCCAUAUUACUUCCUCACAUUUCUCCAUAGUCAGGAACAUUGUGAGUGGCCAUACAUUAAUCUCCCCUUCCCCAAGUUUCUUUAGCAGAUAAUUUUUCUUCCACCAUCUUGAAGCACAGCAGCCAGCUUUACAUCCAAAUGUCUUAUCUACCGGUAAAUAUCUGCUUUUUGACUAGCAACACUCCCCAGGGUAUCAAGUGGAAAAAUAACUGCCACUACUGGAGUCCCUAAGAUAACUAGGGAGUGAACCUAAAUCUUCAAACAACUGUGACACACAUUCUCUUCAGGGAGGAAUGAUGAUUAUAAAAGAAGAGAGUAAAACAUGGCUGUAAUUUCCUCUCUCCCCCCCCCUUUUUAAAUAAUCCUCUCAAUAAGCGUUAGUAUGAGCCUGAGCUCAUUCUGAAAAAUAAUACAUGCCUCACAAUAUUUCCAGUUGUUUAGGCAUUAUAAUUUCAUAUUACUGCAUUAUGAAUUUUUAAUUCAUUCAAGAGUCACUUAGGUGAGGGGAGUAUAGAAAUGCGAUGAAUAAAAUGAAUGCCUGAAUCUUGAAAAAAAAAAUAGGAAACUGCAUUUUACACUUCUGUUUUAAUAUUAUGCAGGGUAUCUACAGUAAUGUUUUUAUCAUUAAUAACCUCAUGCCCAAUUUCUUAUAUACUUUGAAAUUUAUUUGAAAGAGAUACCACAUUGAUAAUUAAUUGUGUAUCCACUGCAAAUUUGUAACCUGCAUGUUUGAAUAUGCUGAGGUAUAAAACAAAUCAAUGAGGAAUUUCAAACAAAUGUGCCUCCAUUCAACACCACUGGCAUACGUGCAGUCUACAAUAAAAAAUAACAUUUUUCACUA